UGCUCCCCUCUCAGCUGUGAAUGAUGGUAUAUUCCUCGCCCCCUGCUUCGGCGGGGUUUGGUUCGCCCCAGUGGUCUAUCGCCUGUGUAGACGGCGGCUGUCUUCUUCAGGCUCGUAAUUGAUACGCGGAACCCAGAGACUCCCGAGACGGAGGACCGUGUCUUCUAACUCCCGAACUCCAGCAGCCUUUGCCCUCCCGGGUGGGAAAGUAGCCGGCAUUUUUCUGCUUCAUUUUCCGUCUGGUGAACAAGCGAGGGGCACAAGAAGAAGUUCUCCAGCGCCUGUUUUCUUCUCAAGGAAAUGUAGUCCGCUCCUGAGCAAAGAUGGUUUUGGGGAUAGUUUCGACGAGUUGGAGUCGGAGAUGACGCAGUUUCUGAACGGACUCAGGUGAAAGAAACUUUCCCUUGGCUCCUUGUUGAAGGUUUUAGUCACAGAACGCAGUCAGUUUUCACUUCUAGUUUGGAGAAAAUCCCAGACGCGCACGCUGAACUACUCGUGCCAACCAGGACGCGCAAAGAUGAGGACAUUCAAGUGUGUCGCGAUGCGUUUACUUUUUUUCAUCCUUGCACUCCCAGCGUCCUGUCAGGGCUGUCCGGAGAAAUGCAUGUGCUCCUCACAAACUGUAAAAUGCCAAAACCAGGACUUGGACCAGAUUCCGCAUUCCAUUCCUACCAAUACCACAUUCCUGUUCAUCACAGGAAACAACAUCAGCCGCAUCAGCGUGGAGUCUUUCCCAACCCGCCUGGAACUGUUGACAGAUCUCUAUCUGAGUGGGAACGGCAUCGAGGAUGUGGAUGCAAUGGUGUUCCAGAAUUUGCCAAACCUUGUGCGCCUGGACUUGAGCAAUAACAACAUCCAAACUUUUAGCGAGGAAGCUCUUCCAGAUGAUAAUAAAUUACAGGUUCUAAAUCUCAGCAAGUGCUUUCACAAUCACUCCAGGAUAGAAAUGUACUUGAGCGGCGUGCGGAAUGCAAGUCUCCAGCAGCUGACUGUCUUGGAUCUCUCCGACAAUGACCUGGUGAUUCUGCCCGACGACCUGUUCAGCAGAAUGAUCAGCCUGGUCCAUCUGAACCUGCGGAACAGCUCCAUUGUCUCCAUCCUGAACGGCACGUUGAAAGUCCCGCCUCUUCAAGAGCUGGACCUGAGGGACAACAGCAUCAGGGGUAUUCCCACCAGCACCCUGACGGAAUUCAGCCUCAAGCCUAACCUCGACAUCUAUCUGGCGGGGAACCCGUGGCGCUGCGACUGCUUCAUCGAGGAGCUUCUCACGUGGCUGAAGAACUCGACCCGAGUCAGCGAUGUGCAGAAUCUGACCUGUUUGGACCCAGAGCGCCUGAGGCGGCAGCGGCUAGUUCAGGUCAAACCAUCACAGCUGAAGUGUUUUGGGAACAUGGAGGGUGUGCUGGAGACCUCGUACGUCUUCCUAGGUCUGGUCCUGGCCCUCAUCGGGGUCAUUUUCCUUCUGGUGCUCUAUCUGAAUAGAAAGGGCAUCAAACGGUGGAUGUACAACAUCCGGGAUGCUUGCAGGGACCAUAUGGAAGGCUACCACUACAGGUAUGAGAUCAACACUGACCCCAGGUUGGCCAACCUGAGCAUCAACUCGGAUGUGUGAGCGAGGACUAGCUACUGGAACCGUACGAGGCGUAGCCUGAGUUGCAUGAGUCUUCCACUCUUUUGUCAUGGAUGUCCAAACACAGCUGCAUGUCCAGCUCCAGUGUCAUCCCCAUGUGCAUAUUGCAUGGACAAUCAACUGUGGGUUGGACAUUUGAUUUAUUUUUCAUAAGGAACAAUGGAAUGGCGUACACUGACUCUUUAGUGUGACAGUUAAAUAUAUCCUGCCGAUGAAUGCAUCCCUCUCAUUAUGCCUCUGCUGCGGAGAUAAUGCCUGUCUGUGGAUUUAUUUUUAUCAUGUGGAUUUGUGACAUACAAUAUGCCUUUUAUUGAUGUUUCAUAGUGCUGAAUUUCCUAUUUUAAUAGAUGGAUGUGAUACUUUUUUUUUUCUCUAUUGUGAAUAUAUAUAGUUAAAUAAAAUGCCUCUGGG